AUGGCAAAAGAGGUUGAAAUUCAAGUGACUUUCAACGAAGGAGUCGGCCAGUCUAUAAAUUCACGACUGUUGAGGGGCUGCAUCGAAUACCUUCUGUACCAACGGCAACAACUUCCGAUACCUUACCACGAGCUAAUAAAAUUGGUAGAAGAUCAAGAAAAGUCGUGCGAUGGCUUAGAAGCAGGCGUAUUGGCCCGGCGAUCCUUUAAUACUGAAUACAAGAAAGCUAAGAAAGUGUAUGAAGACGUGGAAUGCUUGUUUGAUCACAUAAACAAGCUGUUCCUGUCGACAAAAGUCAAUGCUGCCAUGGUUCUGCUCGGGUCAACCCCGGUCAGUCCAAAAGAACAUUACUUUGUUGAUUUUCAAAACGUUAAUGAAGGUAAAACUGUGGACAGUUCACCAAGAGUAUGCAAUUCAGCUUGUCGAAAACUGAUACGGAGCUUGAUUUCGAAUCAAGAACUUGGUUCUUUCAAGGAGAUUUCUCCUACUUCCAUGUUGGUUUUCAUUCAGGUUAGCAGAUCGUCCGAUAUUGAGUGGUUUCAACCAAAGCCGACUUUCAAGCCACCUCACCGAGGUCAAUCCUGUAAAAUAAACGUUAGGACUACCAGCUACAACGAACAACCGGCUGCCAGUGAGGGCGAACCCCCUGAACAUAGCAUCGAUGAGUGGUUAUGGUUUCAGGCUCCAGUUAUUAUCAGGGGGUACAGGCACAGAACCGGUGUCGGUCCCUAG